UUGCAUUUUUUAGAGCAAAAAUCCAGUGGUGCGCCACAGUUUGUUGGAAAAUUUCAAUCAGUGACAAUCUACGAAGGCGAUUCGUUGACUUUAUACUGCAAAGCAACAGGCGAUAAGUUGCGGUUGAAUUGGUCCAAAGAUGGAACACCGAUCAAGACCGGCGGCUCCUACAAAGUCGAAGAAAAAGGAAGUGGUGAAACGACUUUACAGAUUCUGAAUGCCAAAAUGAGUGAUGGUGGCUGGUAUCAGUGUGAUGCUACUAAUCAGUCUGGAACUUCUUCCAUGAAAGGGCGCGUUGUUGUCCAGUCUCGUCAAAAACUGGAUUCAGCGGAACGUGAUCAAAUUCCGCUGCGGAAGAUUGAUCGUCGCGUUGCUAGAUAUGGAGCCAAAAUCGAGGAAGAUGGGGGUGAAGUUCGAGCAGCCUCCAAGCAACCACCGAAAUUUUUGGAUACAGUGAAAAACUUGAACUUGAUUGAGGGACAGACUGCCCUUCUGGACUGCAAAUAUUCACCAGCAGAUGAUCCAAAUUUGAAAAUAGCUUGGCUUUUGAAUGGAAAGGCUGUCUUGGCGAGUUCCCGGCUGUCUACGGUAGCUGAUGCUGGCUAUGCAGCGUUGGAGAUCAAUCCGGUGACAGUGUUCGAUAAGGGCGAAUAUACAAUUGUGGCUGUAAAUACACUUGGUGAAGCUCGACAGUCUGCAACCGUUGAUGUUACUGGUCAGAUAUUCCUUUGUUAUAAGUAGUA